UGUAUCAAAUGUCUACGUGCUUACUGCGGCCGCCCUCCGCUCUCUACGCGCUCGUUGGCUCACAUGUUUUAAUUAAUAACUCGAUUUUCGAUGGUCUCAUGAGGCCAUAAUGUUAUUAGUUGAUGAAUAUAGGCUGCGAGAAUUGUCCAUGUCUUCAGGCAAAAUCAGCCAUAAAAAAGCGUGGGACGAAAUGUCAACAACCAUGAAUGCCAAAGGACACAUGUUUUCAGGUAGACAGUGUAUGACAAAAAUAAACAUAAUGAAGCGAACAUAUAAGACGAUUAAAGACCACAACUCAAAAUCCGGUAACAAUAACCGCACGUGGAAAUAUUAUGAAGUCAUGGAGAGCCUUCUUCGCGAAAAAGCAUAUAUGGACCCGUUAUUAACUAUUUCAUCAACUGGGUCUGUGACAUACAAGUCUGGAAAAUUAAAAUCUGCUGAUAGUUGCUCUAACGACUCUAGCAGUGAAUCCAGUGGUCCAGUUUCUCAUAAGGAAAUGUAGAGUCAGCAAUACUUUGGAAGCAAUAUUAGCAAACCGCCAAACAGCCGAAGAGCAAAAAAAUAAGAGACAUAAGACAGGAUGGAAAUGUCACAAAAAAUAUUGAACAAACUAGAAUCGGUUUUGAAUAAGCUAUAAACUAUAAAGACGUUAACCGAUGUAAAGCGGCAUCUUCAAUGAGAAUUUAAAGUCCUUGCAUGCUGCACGUGAUUAGUAACGAGCAAUAAACGAUAUGCAAUGAGGACUAUUUUUUAUGUUUCAUGUUUUUAGUUUCAUACUUUAAAUUCUUAUUGAAGAAUCCGCUUAGAAGCAAUAGAUUGCAAUAUUAAGAAAAGUCUGAUUUUAUAGCCUGAAGUGUCUAACAGUGUUAUUUAAUUACAUUAUAUAUUUGCUUCAUGCUAAAAUAGUAAAAUUAAGUAUAUUAAGCCUAAGUAUACAAGUAUACUAGGUCUAUAAGUAUAUUACGCACCGUCUACAGGUACCUGUAGUUAUGCAAUAUUUACAUGUGAUAUUAAGUUACAAACAGAUAUAAAUGUUUAAUGACAGAAGUAUGAUUUUGUUUAAAAAAUCUUUACGAAUCAUCUAUGUGGUUUAAUUUGAAAAAAUAAUAACAUACAUUAAUUUCUUUCUUAAGCAUGUCUCAUUAGUAAUCUUGCAGCUAUUAAGUCUCUUUUUGCAGCCCCUGCAUGAGCGAUAUCACGCAUAUCAUCAGUGUUGCCCACAA